AUGCGCGCCUCGCGAGCCAACGCCGCCUUCUGGCUGGCUUGGCUGUGCGUGGUCGUCUGGUGCUACUUCAACAACUACGACGAUCCGUCGUCGAUAUUCUACGACAAGGCCAGGGCGUACCGGCAGCGCUUCUCCACCGUGCGGACGGCCGAAGUCGAUCGUUUCCUCGCGCAGACGACUUUUGCGGCCCCCUCGUCGCGUUCCCAGCAGCCGCUGCUCUGCGUCGGCAUUCCAAGCAUCAACCGCACCACCGAGUCCUUUCUCGAGCACACCGUUGGCAGCCUGAUCGACACGCUCACCCCGCAAGAGCGCGAGCUCGUCUACGUCAUCGUCCUUCUCGCCGACAGGCCCCCGCCAGGCCACGCCGCGUACGGCAGCGAAUGGAUCGCGCGGCUCGUGGACGAGGUGGUCAUCUACGGCGACUCCCUCGACAGAAACGCCCUUGGUAACGCCACAAACUACCGCACCACACCGUUCGAGGUCCGCGGAGAGCCUCGCAGCGACGGACGAGUCGAGAACAUGCGCCUCGAUCACUCUGUCCUGGUGGAGACGUGCCACGCGAAGAAGACGCCGUACUUUGCCCUCGUCGAGGACGACAUCGUCGCGUCUCGAGACUGGUUCCAGCGGUUCCAAAAAGCAAUCCCAUACGUCGAGAGCGAGGCGCAGAAGACCGGACACGACUGGAUCUACACUCGUCUCUUCUACUCGGAGCUCUUCAUGGGUUGGAACGCUGAGGAGUGGCUGGCCUACGCCGAGGUGGUUUUCGGGGUCUACGCGGUGCUCUUGCUCGUGUUCCUGGAGCUGCGGAGGCGCCACAAGAUUGGACCCUCCGGUCCCUCUGCCAAGAAUACUUCGCGCGAGUUCAACUUCAUGGCGGCACUGGUCUUUUGUCUCUGGAUGCCGGCCCUCAUUGCAUUGUUCUUCAUGGCCGGACGCAUAUCCCUGCGCCGACUGAACCCCCUCGUCGGCCGCGGCGUUCGUCAGAUGCCCAACUACGGGUGCUGUGCUCAGGGGCUGGUGUUCCCAGAACGCCACCUCGACGGGUUACAGAGCCUGCUGCGCAACCCACCCUUUGCCUUUGCAGGCGACCAGAUCUUGGAGGACUAUGCGCGCGACCACGGCCUGAUGAAGUGGGCUCUCGACCCGAGCGUGCUCCAGCACGCUGGGCGGCGGGAGUCGUCGGACGGGCCACGCAAGGCUGACGUGUGGAAUUUCAGCUUUGAGCGACAGCAGCGGUGA